UAACUUGACGUUUACUCGAGUAUGUUUUGAAUCUUGCAAACGUGCCAGCGUAUGAUCCUGAAAAUACACACUAGGUAGUAUCAGUAGUCGCUCAGGCUAUAAGCCUGUAUUGAGACAUGAAGAAGCAUAGAGAACGAUGGAGAGUAAAUUCUGUGUUUUAAACGACCCCGAAGACCUGCAAACGUUAAUUACAAACACUGAAAAUAGGCUACAAUUUGAAAGGUCUAAGACGUUGUUUGAGGAGAUUCGGGCGUCCAUCAAUAAUAACGAUGAAGAGGACCGCUCCUUCUGGAGGCCAGUGCUUCCUUGGGGUGGCGUCUACACCAUCCGGGCAGGACGGAAGGCUAUAUCCUGUACCCCACUGUAUGUCAAGAUAUACUUAAAGAACACCUGCACCAUCGACGGAUUCCUCAUGAUACUCUAUGUCAUUCUGCGGGACAAUCAGGGAUUCCCCAGGGAGCUAGGUGUCUUCCUGGGCAAGCAGUUUGUGGAGCAUUUUCUCACACUGAUGGACUCGUGUGACUACACCACGGUUAAGAUGUUGUGGAUCUGGUAUAGGAUGUCUAAGAAACAGUAUCGAUCUGCAGUUUGCCAAGCAGCUCUCGAGAUUGACUUGUUUGGCAAUGAACAUGAUAACUUCACUGAAAACCUGGAGAACCUGAUGUCCACGAUGCAGGAGAGCCUGUGCACGAGCUGGAGCUGUCGGACCCGCUUCCAGGAGCUCCUCAAGAGGACGGUCAUCAUCAACCCCCCUCAUGAACUGCCUCCCAGGGAUCCCAUUCAGUCCGCCGUCGAUGAGUUCUUCUGCCCCAAAAUCCUCCUCUGCACCGAACUCGGGUGUGACGGGCUGCGGGAGUUCUCUCACCGGGUCUUCUGCCACGGGGCGCCACCCUUCGUCAUCCUCAACAUGCAGCAGUGGAAGGCGGAGGAGCUCUCCUACGUUCCCUACCACUUGGCUCUGUCCCAGCACAGGUACUCACUGGAGGGCGCCACACUCUUCAACAAGGAGGAGCACCACUACUCGGCCGCCUUCCAGAUCGACGGCUACUGGAUGCACUACGACGGGCUGAGGAGCGACAACCUCAUCCUGUUGCACAAGCCCCCCGAGCUGCUGCUGCUCUCCUCUCUCGUCUACACCCGGGCGUCUGAGAAGUAAAGCCCCCCCCACCCCGCCAUCACCAACAAUCUGUCUGAAUGGGGACCACACGCUCACAGAGAUGUGACAGAAUAUGAUUCAUUUCUACCACCCAUGCUUCUUUUUAUUCCAUGUAUAGAGGUUCUGAUUGCUUCCCCCCCCCCCCCCCCCCCCUACAGUUUUGAGGAAACUGUUACAAGUCUUAUGAGCUGUUUUUCAAAAGACGAAGACUAUAGAUGAAUCACUGCUUGGCAUCCAAGAAUAUAAUGGACUACAAUAGUUCUCGGCUGUUAUGCACAAAUGGGGCGAGGGGGUAUUUGCAUGUCAUAUUCACGUCAGGCUCACAAUAUAAAUAUCCAUACACCUCAUAUUGCCAUUGCUAUACAAACACAUGUGUUUGAAUGCCUACAGAGAAUGCAAUUUAUAUUUAGCAGUGUUGUAGCGAGAGCUGCAAAUGAAAAUGCAUUGAGGAGCCGGUAAAAAUAUUGAACCUUUAUGCAUAUCGGCCUCUGCCUCAAUUAAAAGGGUGCUCUUUCUUUACACUGGG